GAGAGAAACUGGAGCUGGGAAUCACAGGGUGGGAAUUGCGAAGGGAAGGAGGGUGCAGCCAAGCCUCGGGAGCAGUGCAUCCGCGGGGAAAGGCCGGGGAGGGCUGCGAGAAGCAGCACCGCGGAUCACUGACACUGCGCCCGAGGCUGCCAGAUUCCAGCUAAUUAGCUUCUACUGCUAAUUGCACUAAUGCCUCUCCCUGCUGCCCAGCAGAGCUCCCGCCCCUCGCCGAGACGUCCCGCCGUGACCACACGGGUGGGCGCCUUCUGCCCCUGUUAUAAGCCAGGAUGAGCCGCUUCGGACUGUGUCUGUUCAACCUCAAAUCACCGCUCCGAAGCGAACUAAGAGGAGAUUAAGGGGGUGAGAGGAUGGAUUACCCACGAGAUGGCACCAGGAGAACACGGCUGAGAGCAGCAGCAGAUCUCUCUCAUGGAUCUCUGAGAUCUUUUGUGGGCCUCGGUCAUGCUUCAGUUUGCACUGGAAGGCCUCUGAUGACUGAAACCAACUAGGAUAAGAGACAUUAUCAUGUCUUGAUAAUUAUUGGAUAUUCAUCACUCACAUUAAUAAUCUCAAUCUCAUUCUUCUCUUGGUGCUGUAGGGUAGUCAGUAUUGCUAAACCAAGAGCAAAUUUCCUAUCCAGAGCACUCAAAAUUGGUGAUACUUAUGCUCUAAUCAAAGCACUGCAUUCAGCAUACCAACGUCAGUAGUAGAUAAUUCCCCUAAAUCUGUAACUGUCCAGCAAAGCACUGUUUAGAGACCAAUGAAAAUGCUUUCAACAAAGAAAGUUCUAAUUUCUAAUUUAAUAAUAACGGUAGUGCCUGGCUGUCACAGCUAUGCUAUGGAGUCUGCUUCCGGACAGGAAUUGCCCAGUGAUGUUAUCAGUCAUUGUAAACUGUCUUGGCUGGGAAGUUAAUCAUUAACUCAGGUCCCCAUCUCAUAAAAACAUCAUAUUGUAAGAGCACGACUCACUUAAGGCUGUCACUAAUCAAUCCUGCAUACAGCAGGAAUACAGCAACACAUAAAAGGAGCCAGAGACUAGCGAAAUCCUUUAGCCAGGGGAAGACAAACUGCAGGGAGGUGUAUCUCCAUGGAGAAAUCCACUGACAAGUCAAACAAGGAAGACGGAUGUCUGGCUCUGCGAGUACUGCAGGCUGAGGAGGACGGUCCUGCGCCUGCGGCAGGAGAUGCUGCAGAAAUGAGCAGGGCAGGACCCCUAACACAGAAUACAAAUCAAGGGAAGAGACUGGGAUUCACUGAAGAGUGUAUUAAAGAAAUGGAGAGGCCUUCAGGCACAGAGCAAGACAGUCAUGCUGCCUUCAAAACAGCAAUUUUGGAAAGAGACUGUCCACACUCAAAGCCUCUUGUUGUGCUAACAAACACAGACUGUCCCAAAACUUGCACAUUGGAAAUGAACCACCAGUGUUCAACAUCCACAUCCGUGGACUUGGAUUGCCUGAUCUGCUUCAACAGGUACAACAUCUACAGAGUCCCAAAGCUCCUGGACUGCCAGCACGCCUUCUGUGCUGUCUGCCUCAAGCUUAUUCUCAGGAAAGUGGAGAAUACCUGGAUCAUCACCUGCCCUCUGUGCAGAAAACCCACUUUUGUGUCAGAAGGGCUCAUCCGCACACUCCAGAAUAAAGAAGACAUCUUGGAGCACUUGGAAAACCUCGAGUCAGACCCAGAGGUGCACAUCCCUGCCAUGGGGCUGGACAGCAAGAGCUGGACUCAGAGCAGUCAAGACAUUUUAAACAUAGAGGAGAAUGUUCCAGCAGACACCAGCCUGGCUGUGCAGAGACUUGUACUGCUCCUGCUGCUUGGGGUGAUCCUCGCCAUCCUCAUCCUCCCCUUUAUGUACUUGGGAAGGGUCAAAUGGGUGAUUUGUCUCCUGCUUACUCUGGGGUUGGUCAUGUCCAUGGUGCUUUGCUGCACUCCUAAAUUCCACUGGAGGUGCAAAAGGGACUCGCCCACCUCCUGUGACAAGGAGACCCACGUCGUUACUGUUGCCUGAAACAAUUAAUUAACGAGGGUGUCCCGGAGGUAACAGACUGGCCCUGCCUGCAGAGCUGCAGGUUGGGCAUGCCAGUGAAUUAUGGACUUAAAGACAAUCAUUCACAGAAUAAAUUCAGCAGCUUGGUAGGCUGGCUCAAUGCCAAGGCACAGUCUUGUUAAAUCUCAUUACUGGAAACAAAACUAUUUAUAUGUUGAUAUUUAUGUGUUUUCAACAGGAUUUUUAUCCCAGGCUAAAAAUCCUGUUGGUUUGCUUUUUCCACUGUUCUUGUUCGUGUCCUCUCCUGAUUAGCCCUGCAGGAUGUUAUCUGGAACACCCGGGAGGUAAUGUCCUGGAACAGCCUAUGGUUGUGUUUUCCUGCUCUCUGAACACAAGUACACCUUUACUUGGGACAGAGUGGGGAAAUAAGGCUGCUAAAUCAGGGAGUGGGUUUGUGGAAGAGAGUAGCUUUAACUCAGAUUACCACUUUAAUCUCUGUCACUGCCCAAGGGUUGCUGGCAGGGAUGGGAAAGGGACUGGGAAAAGGGGAUGUCAGUUGAUGCCAUCUGAAGUUAUACCCAAAAUCGUGAGAGGAGGAGGCAAAACCAACACUCCUAACCUUGAUCUGUGGCUUGCAAAGGGCAAAAAACCUUGCAAUCCUCCCAAUUCCCCACAGAAAUAGUUCCUCUCACCUGAAUUCCUUUAUCUGGAUCCCUGCACCACCUCUCUUCUUGCCCCCUCUUACAUGAAAUACCACGUUGCCCUUGGAGAUGCUCACAGAGAUAAACAGAAAUCCAUCAAUUGCUGUGUCAUACCACAUGUGAUGUUUUUAUAUGGAUUGUCUCCAU